AUGGCUAUGCGUGCUAGGCAAAAGAUUCGAGCGCCACGAAAGACGCUAGGAAAUAAAAAAGACGAUUUCGAUGCGAUCUGGGGUGUACUUUCAUCAGCCUUCCAUGAGAUACACAUGAAAAAUGCCUCCUCGCUUUCAUUCGAAGAACUAUACCGCAGUUCGUACAAGAUUGUUGUUUUGACGAGCAAGGGCGACAGCUUGUAUGAUAAUGUGAGGGACCUCGAACAAGAAUGGUUAAGUGGGACUGUAUGCCAGCGCAUCGUGUCUUCGGUGUCGCCAGUCCUACUUCUAGAUAUCGAUCCAGCAGAUACCACCGACCAGGCGAACGAGCGCAGGGCUGCGGGCGAGAAACUUUUAAAGGCAAUCAAGAACGCUUGGGAAGAUCAUCAGCUGUGUAUGGGAAUGAUAACGGAUGUGCUUAUGUACAUGGAUCGGAAUACGAGUAGCGGCCAGAAACCAUCGAUCUAUACUGCAUCAAUGUGCCUGUUUCGGGAUCACGUCCUUCGUGCGAUAGCCCCAAAUACAAAAAAGACAUUAUAUAAAAUCUUCGAGUCCACCGUUCUCUUCAUGGUGCAGCUAGAACGAAGUGGCGAGAUCAUUGAUAGACCCUUGAUUCGCCAUUGCAUCUACAUGCUAGAAGGCCUGUAUGAGACGUACGAAGAAGAGGAGUCAUCGAAACUGUACUUGACAGUGUUUGAGCCUGCCUUUUUGGAAAUCAGCAAGGUAUUCUACCGGUCUGAAGGAUCCCGGCUGCUCGAAACUGCCGAUGCAGCUACAUUUUGCCGCACCACCUCAGACCGAAUCUCGGAGGAAGAGGAACGCUGCAAUGCUACGGUGUCCAAGUUUUCGGAGUUGAAGGUUAAAGCAGUCAUCGACGAAGAAUUGAUUCAACGGAAUAUAAGUGAGGUCAUUAAGUUGGAAGGCAGCGGAGUCAGGUAUAUGUUGGAUCACCAUAGAGUGGACGACCUCCGCAACCUAUACGAAUUGAACACUCGAAUCGAUGCAAAAAAGACCGCGUUGACGAACGCAGUGCAAGAGCGCAUAGUGCAGCUAGGCGAUGAGAUCAACGCCGCGGCACUUGCAUUUACCACAGCUGCUCCGUCAAAACCUGAAGAUCGAGAGGGCGUCGCAGAAUCCGAAAAAUCCAAAGAACCAAAAGAAAAGCCCAGCGUAUCUCCAGCAAACCAGCAGACGGUGGCGGCGAUAAAAUGGGUAGAUGAUAUUCUCAAUCUCAAAAAGAAAUUUGACACUAUUUGGGAGCAGGCAUUCUCCUCGGACCGGGGCAUGCACACCUCAUUCACCAAUAGCUUUUCGGAUUUCAUCAACUCUAAUUCUCGCAGUUCUGAAUAUUUAUCCUUGUUCUUUGACGAGAACUUGAAAAAGGGCAUCAAAGGGAAGACAGACGCUGAAGUCGACAGUCUCCUGGAUGACGGAAUCACGCUCCUGCGAUACAUCCGUGACAAGGAUCUUUUCGAGACAUAUUUCAAGAAACAUCUUUCCCGACGACUGCUGAUGAAACGAUCUGUCAGCAUGGAUGUUGAGCGGCAAAUGAUUUCCAAGAUGAAAAUGGAGGUCGGCAACCAGUUCACGCAGCGGCUAGAAUCGAUGUUCAAAGACGUGGCAGUCUCUGAAGAUCUGAGCAAUGGUUAUAGAGCACACAUGGCAAAGAUCGGCUCUGAUUCAAAGAGGAUAGAACUCGAUAUCAGCGUUCUUACAAGCACCAUGUGGCCCAUGGAAAUCAUGUCCAAACCCAAGGACGGUGAGGUCCAGCUCCCCUGCAUUUUCCCCAAGGAGGUGGAAACAGUCCGUCAGAGCUUUGAGAAGUUUUAUCUAGAUAAGCACAGCGGCAGGAAACUGUCCUGGCAAGGUUCCAUGGGCACAGCGGACGUCCGGGCUACAUUCACGCGGUCGGACGGCAAAGUGUCGCGGCACGAGUUGAGCGUGUCUACCUAUGCGAUGGUCAUCUUGCUUCUCUUCAACGAUCUGCCCGCCGAAGAGUCUCUGACGUACGAAGAAAUCCAAGCACGUACGCGCAUUCCAGACAACGACUUGAUCCGCAACCUGCAGUCUCUUGCAGUUGCGCCGAAAACGCGCGUGUUGAAGAAAGAACCGAUGAGCAAGGACGUCAAGCCGACGGAUCGGUUUUUCUAUAAUGCCGGAUUCAAGAGCCAGUUCUUCAAGGUCCGUAUCGGGGUGGUCAGCGGCGGCGGCAACAAGGUCGAGAACCAGAGCGAGCGCAAGGAAACAGAGAAGAAGAUGAACGAGGAACGUGGCAGUACUAUUGAGGCUGCCGUUGUGCGCAUCAUGAAACAACGCAAAAAGCUAGUCCAUGCCCAACUCUUAACUGAAGUCUUGGGACAGUUGGCAAGUCGUUUUGACCCGGAUGUCAGUAUGAUCAAGAAGCGCAUUGAAAGCCUGAUUGACCGCGAAUACCUCGAACGCAUCGCAGACUCUGAUCCUCCAGCAUAUAGCUACGUAGCUUAG